UCAAAUCAGUAGCGUCGCCGUUGCUGUCGCUUUCAUUUCAUUUGCUGUUGCUUUUAACAAUUCAAUUCAUAUUUGGCGCCGCAACAAAGCGCAACAUAACGCCGGUUGAGUUACUCCUUCGAUAGGCAAAAGGAUCAUUUCCAAAUUGGGUUUCAGGAAACUUUCGACAAAAACAAAAAAAAAAAAAAAAUUGUGAAACUACGGAAAACAACACCAAAGAUGCAUCGAACGGAAAGCUUACAAAGCCUUGCCAAAAUCUUCAUUUUGGCAUUUCUGUGCAGUGAAAUGCAUUCAAGCUUCACACAAUCCAAUGCCGCCGAACAUCCAUUCAAUAACUACCCCAGCAGCAUAAAUGGCAGCGAGACAUUGUUGGAGCAUGCGCGUCAUCAGGCUUCCAUACGUUUGGCCAUCCAGGAUUACAUUUUCGGUGAGGGACACAUAUGUGGUGGCGCGAUAAUAGCCCCCUCCGUUGUGCUGACCGUCGCACAGUGUGUGCAUAAUUACCAGACCCAGACGGCGCGUCACCCGGCUGAACUGAAAGUGGUUAUGGGCACACUGAAUCGUUAUCAACGCGACGAACACACGCUAGUCUAUGGAGUGACUCACGUCCAUCAGCCGAAAACUUUCAAUGCACGCACUUUACGCGAUAACAUAGCGAUCAUAAUGUUGGAGCGGGAUAUUCCACCCGCGCAUCCCACUGUGCAGGCGGCCAGUUUGAGUUGGAAGACGUUCCGCAGCGGUGAAGUGGGAGAAAAUCUGAGCGACGCAAUGAAGCAGCAAACGUAUGAGGUGACCAGCUGGUUCGCUACAGAGAAGCAAAUUCCCUAUACCCAGCUCAUGUCGCUGAAUGCUACACAGUUGAGUGACGCGCCAUGUGUGGAUAAGUUUGGCUCCCUCUACGGACCGGAUAUGGUGUGCAUGGGCUAUCAACAUCUACUAAAAGAAGCUGCUUGUGAGCAAGACGCUGGUGCACCUUUGGUCCAAAACAAUCAGCUGCUGGCGCUCACCGCAAUUCAGAGCGUCGACUGCAAACGGAGUCUACAACCAACUGCUUUCGUCGAUGUCGCUCACCACAGCAAGUGGAUCUCGGAGCAAAUAGGCGAAGGCACAAAUUGUAAUAGUUCCAUAUGGGGUACAUUGGCUUUCUUAAUCUUCACAGUUUGGACGGCGCGGCGUACGAAAUGGUUCAAAUUUUUUCCUUGAAGGAAAAUUCUGACGGGAGAAAUUAGUUUUUAGUUAGUUAAGAUUAAGUGUAGUUUGUUGGUUUUGAAACUAAUCGUACCAAAGUUUUAGGUUAGGUUAAGAAUAAACGAAUUAAGGCUGAAUUUUGUAAUGCUGAAAAUUUUAAUUUUUCUUAUACAUACAUAUUUUUGAAUGUCGAAUUGGAUCUUAUGCUGUGUUUUUGCAACACUUUUACUCACCGAUAUUCAACAGGGAUAGAAGUAAUGAGCAUAAAUGAUUAAUUUUUAACUCGAGUUAACAUCAGAGUCUCGUAUUUCAUGUAUUUUGUUCCAUUUGGUGUGAACAGCUCUUAAGCGAUUUGAUUUUGAUUUUAGCAUAUUUUUAUUUUGAGCAACUGGUUUGAGGCUAAACUUAACUCGAGAAUUUUUUAUGCCCAGAUUUUAACCCAAGUUAAGAUUUAUGCCGAUGUAGGGAAAAUGCGUAAGUACAUACAUUUCGUGUAAGUUCGUUAACUGGGCCUAAGAAAGGGCUUUUCAUAUGCAUCGGUACAAUUUACCCGCAUAUUUUUUGCCUUGUUUGUGAUAAUUUUGAUAAACGAAAUGUGCAUUUUUAUAGAUGUAAGUAAAAAUAAUAAAUGUUAUAGUUAUUAAGUAUGAAGUUGAA